AUGGCAGCGAGCGGGAGGGAACUGGAGCACCCGAAGGAAACCCACGUGGUCGGGCAGGUGACCCCCUCCAGGGAAUCGGACGACUGCAAGGGUCAAUCUAAUAGGACAUCAGACAGUAAGGGUCAAUCAAAUAGGACAUCAGACUGUAAGGGUCAGUCUAAUAGGAAAUCAGACUGUAAGGGUCAGUCUAAUAGGACAUCAGAUUGUAAGGGUCAGUCUAAUAGGACAUCAGACUGCAAGGGUCAAUCUAAUAGGAUAUCAGACUGUAAGGGUCAAUCUAAUAGGACAUCAGACUGUAAGGGUCAAUCUAAUAGGACAUCAGACUGUAAGGGUCAAUCUAAUAGGACAUCAGACUGUAAGGGACAGUAUAAUAGGACAUCAGACUGUAAGGGUCAAUCUAAUAGGACAUCAGAUUGUAAGGGUCAAUCAAAUAGGACAUCAGACUGCAAGGGUCAAUCUAAUAGGACAUCAGAUUGUAAGGGUCAAUCAAAUAGGACAUCAGACUGCAAGGGUCAAUCUAAUAGGACAUCAGACUGUAAGGGCCAGUCUAAUAGGACAUCAGACUGUAAGGGUCAGUAUAAUAGGACAUCAGACUGUAAGGGUCAAUCAAAUAGGACAUCAGAUUUUAAGGGUCAAUCAAAUAGGACAUCAGACUGCAAGGGCCAGUCUAAUAGGACAUCAGACUGUAAGGGCCAGUCUAAUAGGACAUCAGACUGUAAGGGUCAAUCUAAUAGUACAUCAGACUGUAACGGUCAAUCUAAUAGGACAUCAGACUGUAAGGGUCAAUCUAAUAGGACAUCAGAUUACUGUAAGGGUCAAUCUAAUAGGACAUCAGACUGUAAGGGUCAGUCUAAUAGGACAUCAGAUUGUAAGGGUCAGUCUAAUAGGACAUCUGACUGUAAGGGUCAAUCUAAUAGGACAUCAGACUGUAAGGGUCAGUCUAAUAGGACAUCAUGCUGUAAGGGUCAGUCUAAUAGGACAUCAGACUGUAAGGGUCAGUAUAAUAGGACAUCAGACUGUAAGGGUCAAUCAAAUAGGACAUCAGAUUGUAAGGGUCAAUCAAAUAGGACAUCAGACUGCAAGGGUCAAUCUAAUAGGACAUCAGACUGUAAGGGCCAGUCUAAUAGGACAUCAGACUGUAAGGGUCAGUAUAAUAGGACAUCAGACUGUAAGGGUCAAUCAAAUAGGACAUCAGAUUGUAAGGGUCAAUCAAAUAGGACAUCAGACUGCAAGGGUCAAUCUAAUAGGACAUCAGACUGUAAGGGCCAGUCUAAUAGGACAUCAGACUGUAAGGGUCAGUCUAAUAGGACAUCUGACUGUAAGGGUCAAUCUAAUAGGACAUCAGACUGUAAGGGUCAGUCUAAUAGGACAUCAUGCUGUAAGGGUCAGUCUAAUAGGACAUCAGACUGUAAGGGUCAGUAUAAUAGGACAUCAGACUGUAAGGGUCAAUCAAAUAGGACAUCAGAUUGUAAGGGUCAAUCAAAUAGGACAUCAGACUGCAAGGGUCAAUCUAAUAGGACAUCAGACUGUAAGGGCCAGUCUAAUAGGACAUCAGACUGUAAGGGUCAGUAUAAUAGGACAUCAGACUGUAAGGGUCAAUCAAAUAGGACAUCAGAUUGUAAGGGUCAAUCAAAUAGGACAUCAGACUGCAAGGGUCAAUCUAAUAGGACAUCAGACUGUAAGGGCCAGUCUAAUAGGACAUCAGACUGUAAGGGUCAGUAUAGUAGGACAUCAGACUGUAAGGGUCAAUCAAAUAGGACAUCAGACUGUAAGGGUCAGUCUAAUAGGAAAUCAGACUGUAAGGGUCAGUCUAAUAGGACAUCAGACUGUAAGUGCCAGUCUAAUAGGACAUCAGACUGUAAGGGUCAGUAUAAUAGGACAUCAGACUGUAAGGGUCAAUCAAAUAGGACAUCAGACUGUAAGGGUCAAUCAAAUAGGACAUCAGACUGCAAGGGCCAGUCUAAUAGGACAUCAGACUGUAAGGGUCAGUAUAGUAGGACAUCAGACUGUAAGGGUCAAUCAAAUAGGACAUCAGACUGUAAGGGUCAGUCUAAUAGGACAUCAGACUGUAAGGGCCAGUCUAAUAGGACAUCAGACUGUAAGGGUCAGUCUAAUAGGACAUCAGACUGUGAGGGCCAGUCUAAUAGGACAUCAGACUGUAAGGGUCAGUAUAGUAGGACAUCAGACUGUAAGGGUCAAUCUAAUAGGACAUCAGACUGUAAGGGUCAAUCUAAUAGGACAUCAGAUUGUAAGGGUUAA